GAUUAUUUUCUCUUUAUAAAAACAGUUGCACUGGAACAACCCUGAACUACGGGCAGAUUACACAGAUAGCUCAGGAAUGACGUUGUACUAUACCCCCAAUCUCCGCCCCAAUGAUGCUGUCAUAUUAAUGGUGGGACAAAUUCAUCUUGAGAUACCCCCAGGGAGUAAACGCUACUCAGCAUCCUCUGUGUGUGACGCGGAAGAUACACAAAAGAUCUUCGCGGGGCCGAUCAACAUCGUACGUGGACUGAAUCAUAUGCACUACUUAGGCCGUGAGCAAUACAUAGAACUUUUCCGUAAUGGAGAAAAGGUCCAAUCCAUUACAAACGAAUCAACGUAUAGCUACGACAGACCAACAUUUCAUCCCUUGCCCGAACCCAUGAAAGUUCACCCAGGUGACGAAAUAAAAACUACAUGUGUAUUCAAGACUACGAACAAGAAAAAGACAACGUUCAUGGGUCGUGGGACAAACGAAGAGAUGUGUUUCGGCUUCUUGGAGGUAUACCCCGCGAAAAACCUACGAUCUAGAGCAUGUGUCAACUGGCGAUCUCUUUCCAUGGCAAAGCUAAGCAGGGAAAACCCGUAUGGUUGCAACCUAGACGUUUUCUUCAACUACACGGAACCCCAUUUUAUAAAGGUGAAGGAAAAUUGCCGACCAUUGUCCAAGUGUUUGGAAGAAUGCAAGGAAGUUGUCAAAGAAAUUCGGGAACAUCCAUGCAUGAAAGGAGACAUGCAGGAAUACACCAAAGCCAAGGCGAGAGAUGAGUACCAAUGGUACAGCUAUGAUGCUCUAAAUUUUAUGUCCAGGAUUCAGUCCUGUGACCUGGAGUUUUUGAAAGAUGACCAACAGUUAGUUAUUCAGAAAAUGGUCAGUGAUAAAGCUAGUAGUGGCACCAAACUUCAAAUGAAGCUUCUAAAUUUGAUUUCUUCGUUUCUAUUUGCCGCUUUUAUGUUCAUGAAUUUGUUUUAGUUGUGUUUUAAUGGAGAGAUAUACCACGGUAACAGUGAAUGAUAUUCAUGCAUGUAAAUAUUUUUAGAAUUAAAUUCAUUUUUGUAAAUUUGAAUUCUUAUGAAAUAAAAACACUACUCCCAAUAUUUAAUAUUUUAGUACUGUAUUAUGACAAAAUAAGUUUGAAUUGUCAUAAUACUAGUUUUUCAUUUCGUAAUUCAUAAGGACCUUUCUAGGUCAAAGACCUCGACGUAUUUCAUUGUAAAGUCUAUGAACUUCUACGUUCAUUCUCUUUUGUUUUUAAAUUUGAAUUUAACUGUUUUGUUUAUAUUUUAAAACUUUGCAUCUUGUUGUCAAGAAGUGGAUUUAUUAGAAUAAUUUCCAAUACAGAUAAUACAAUGUAAGUUAACAAGACAAGCCAUAUUCGAAGACAAUUCUGUAUGUAAAUAAUGGUCUAAGAAUUGGUAUGAUGAACAUCAGUCAGCAUUCGACUCAAUGAUAAAUUGUACUUGGUGAUAUGGUCAUUGGAUCUUAACAAAGAAAUAAUGAGAUUAAAGGAGGUUGUUGAUACCGUUCUUUAAUCAAAUUGUCUUUCAAUAGCUUGCUUCGUUUUAAAACAUGCAUACUCUCUAGAGAUAAGUGAUUUAAGGUACAUGUACUCAUGUUUUUUUACGUCACCAAUAAUGCCGUGCCUAGCAUGGCUAUAGUAGUAGGAUGAAGAAGAACAUCAACACGUUGGAGGAAUAUGUUUCAUUUGUUCGAUAUCUUGGCACUGUUGCUUUUGUUUGUUUUUGUAAUUAAAAAGUUUAGAGACAAUA